AUGGCCAAGAGCUGCAGCUAUAGGGCAUCAGCAGGGGAGAUCAUCGGGGGAGAUGAGGCCAGACCCCACUCUCUACCCUACAUGGUGUUUCUAAAGAUCUUUGAUAAGAAAUCUGGUGAAACAUUUCUAUGUGGAGGGGUCCUGAUCAGAAGGAACGUGGUGCUGACAGCCGCACACUGCCAGGGGAGCUACAUCAAGGCGGUCCUGGGUCUCCACAAUCUCAGACAGAUGGAGAAAAGCCGGCAGAAUAUCCUUGUGAGAAAAUUCUAUAUCAGCCACAAUUAUACUCAAGAAACCUUGUACCAUGACAUCAUGUUGCUGAGGGUAAGAGAAGAGUGCACUGCUGCAGCCUGGGGCAUGCUGAGCCCCUGGAAGGAUACCUACGCAGACACUCUGCAGGAGGUACAACUGAGGGUGCAGAAUGACUCGCUGUGUGAGAAUCUGUUUCCAAGUACUUAUGAGCCAAAAUCUCAGCUGUUUGGUGAGCCCGAUAUCACAAAGGCUACCUUUCAAGGAGAUUCUGGGGGUCCCCUCAUGUGCAACUAUGUGGCCCAGGGCAUCAUGUCCUAUGGAAAUGAAAAUGGAAAACCAACUGGUGUCUUCACUAGAAUCUCCAGUUUCCUACCCUGGAUACGGGCCACCCUGAGAAGGAUGUAA